UGGGUAGAGGCAGACGAUUGUACUAAAAAGGAAAUAGCGCCAAUGGCGGCAUCUGCGGCGUGGGGAUUGGCGCAGUGGGACAACAUGGCAGAGUAUAUCAGUGUCAUGAGUGACAGCAACGCCGACGGUACAUUCUACCACGCCGUGCUGGCCAUACAUACCAACCAGUUCGAAAAAGGCGCAGGUGGGUGGGGUUGA